AGACCAUGACCUAAACUGAAGGCAGAGGCCUAACCCUCUGAGCCACCCAGGUGCCUUGAGAGAAGUAUUCUUUUAAGAAAUUUUGCAGCCUAUAAACAAUAUACAUAUAUAAAGUAGGAAGUAUGUAUAUGUGUGGGUAUCUGCAUGUACUUGGUUGCAGUGUAGAAUUACUUCUAUCCUGGGUUGUAGGAAAAAAUGCUUGAUUGCUAUGGGUUUAAAGAACUUCAGAAUGCUUAGCUAGGCAAUCAAGGAUCUGUAGACACUGUCUUCUGUAUUCUUUGCCAAAUACAUUUUCCAUUUUGUUAACAGUGUUACUACAGUGUUACUACAGUGCUGCUCUGCUUAAAAGGGUGCUAUCUUCAAGAGCUGGUUUUUCCCCCUCCCCCUUUAAAAAAGAAACUACCAAAAAACAAACAGCCUAUCAGGAGGAAGUAUGGUGUAGCGAAGAGCCAGAAUUCCUGGGGUUGAAAUCCUAACUCUUGUCCCUAAGUAGCUCUGUGACUGUGGAAAAUUAGUCUCAGUGCCUGUUCCCUCACAGAUAAAAUGGGGAUAAUUGUACCUAUCUCUUAGAACUGUUGAGAGGAUUAAAUGAGCCGACACCUGUAAAGCACCUAGAACAUUACUGGGAGCAAAAGUCUUGUCUAAGAGGGCUUAUGCUGUAGCCAAAAGGAUACUGACAGCCUAGAUUUGUUCCUCAGCUCGAUGGUUAACUGACUGUUAUCUCUGGCCAGAUUUUACCACUCUUCUCAUCUGAAAAAGUGGGGAUGGUUCAGACAUUGCUGUAAACACAGAUUGAAUGCUGGCACUGUGAACUUGAGGUUGGGGCUCUUUUCUCUGUGUCCCCAGCACUUUGUAUAAUCCCUGAUACACAUCGUGUGCAAUAAACAUGUGUUGAAUUGACAGAUAUUUACUAUCUACCUUGUGCCUGUAACUUUGAUUAGUACACAUACAAAGAUGAAUAAUGAAAUCCAGGGAUGUAAUAAGUGCUACAAUAGAGAUAUGAACUAGAUGCAAUAGGAGCAAGAAAGAUAAAGACAGGAGUGACUAUUGGGAUUGGUCAGAAGAUGAUUGUUGGAAGAGCAAAAAGUCUACCAGCGGAGGAGGCGGUGUCAAAUAGAUUAUAGCAAAAUAGUAAGUGGACAUGCAGCAUACAGUAUUAGCUUUAAAUAAUGAGUUUGGAUGGGAGCUAGAAUAGCAUCAUGGUGUUGAGUAGGGUUUUUUAAAGGAUGAUAGGGACUUGUACUUUAUGAACACACCUUUUAUGCGAAGCUGUUGGUGAGAAACAAGUAGCUAAAUCCAAGUUGCUUUUCUGAACCAUCAUUAAUUGUGAUGUUAACUCUCCUGGGUCCCCCUGAAGUGCAGGUGCUACUUCCUACAGCCUUCCCUCCCCUGGAUAUAAUUGAUCCUUCCCCUAAGCUGUUUUGCUUCUUGGGUUGUAGAAAAGGAGGGGAGAGGGGUAAAAUGCAUUCUUUAAAGUGCAUGCACCACCAUAACAGUCCUUUUAGGGUUCAGCUAGAUAAGGAAUCCUAGACUGUCAGAGGGUUGUUUAAAGACAUUGUUGGAACAGAGCUCAAGCUUCCUCUUGGGUCCACUCUGGCACAUUUCACUUAACUAGGAAGGAAGUCACGGGCGUGGGCAAAGUGAUCCAGACUGUUUCAGGUUCACGGGCUCCAAGCUGGCCUCUUCCUGGCUCUGUGGCCAGUGCCAAGUUACUUGAACUUUCUAGGCCAGUUUUCGUUCACCUAUUGGGGCAGUUAAAUGUAAAACACUCGGGAUGGCACCUCAGGUUCUUAACAGAUAUUCAUUUAAAAAACAAGCCAAUGUGAGAUUACUUUUCUCUACUAGCCUGUGAAAUCCGCGAGGAUGACAAAGAAACUCUGGAGACAACCAGCCCUUUGCCACGGCGGUGGCGGCUGUUCCGGACUCGGAGACUUAAUCUGACGUGGCGGGGCGGGACUUCCGGCAGGAGGCGGAAGCGGAGCGGAAGGCGCGGACCGGCAGGUGCGGCUGACAGAUCUGUGGACGCCCGGGCGCCUUGCGCAAGUCGAGGCGAAGCAGGACUCGGGCUCCAUUGCCGCCUCUCCGAGCUCCCUCAACGCAGGCCUCCGUGCUGGGAUGGCUCGGGGCGAGCGGCGGCGUCGCGGAGCGGCGGCCGACGGAACGCGGACAACUGAAAGGACGGUUCGGGGCAGCCCGGGACGACGGGGCAGCGAGGCCCGUGGCUCUGCCUGGAGAGCGGCUCUGGGCGUCGUGGUCCUGUCUCUGGCCCUGGGCCUGUCAGGAUGCUGGCUGCUGGCGUGGCAUCGUGCGCGGCGGGCGGUCACACUGCACUCCGCGCCCCCGGCACUGCCUCCCGAUUCUUCCAGUCCCGCCGUGGCCCCGGACCUCUUUUGGGGCACCUACCGCCCUCACGUCUACUUCGGCAUGAAGACCCGCAGCCCGCGGCCCCUUCUCACUGGACUGAUGUGGGCUCAGCAAGGCGCCACCCCAGGGACCCCUAAGCUCAGGCACACGUGUGAACAGGGGGACGGCGUGGGUCCCUAUGGCUGGGAGUUCCACGACGGUCUCUCCUUCGGGCGGCAACACAUCCAAGAUGGGGCCUUAAGGCUCACCACUGAGUUCGUCAAGAGGCCUGGGGGUCAGCACGGAGGGGACUGGAGCUGGAGAGUGACUGUAGAGUCUCAGACCUCAGAUACCUCUGCCCUCCCUUUGGUGUCCCUGUUCUUCUAUGUGGUGACAGAUGGCAAGGAAGUCCUAGUGCCAGAGGUUGGGGCCAAGGGGCAGUUGAAAUUCAUCAGUGGUCACUCCAGUGAACUUGGUCACUUCCGCCUUACACUUACGGCACCAACCAAUCCAGGGGACACUGCCCCCAAGUAUGGCAGCUACAAUGUCUUCUGGUCCUCCAACCCAGGACUUGCAUUGCUGACAGAGAUGGUGAAGAGCCGGCUAAACAGCUGGUUCCAGCACCGGCCACCAGGGGCUUCCCCUGAACGCUACCUCGGCUUGCCAGGAUCUUUGAAGUGGGAGGACAGACGCCCAAGUGGGCAAGGACAGGGACAAGGGCAAUUCUUGAUACAACAGGUGACACUGAAAGUCCCCUUUUCUGUGGAGUUGGUAUUUGAAUCGGGCAGUGCCCGGGCAGGAGGAAGCCAACCCCUGGAGCAGCUGGCAGGCAGCCUGCUGACCCAAGCCCUGGAGAGCCGUGUUGAAGCCUUUAGAGAGCACUUUGAGAAGACUUUUCAGCUGAAGGAGAAGGGCCUGAGUCCUGAGGAGCAGGCUUUGGGUCAGGCUGCCCUCAGUGGCCUCCUCGGUGGGAUUGGCUACUUCUAUGGACAGGGUCUAGUGUUGGCAGACAUGGGGGUUGAGGGGUCUGAGCAGAAGGUGGACCCAGCUCUCUUUCCACCUGUUCCUCUUUUCACAGCAGUGCCCUCCCGGUCAUUUUUCCCACGAGGUUUCCUUUGGGAUGAGGGCUUUCACCAGCUGGUGGUCCAGCGGUGGGAUCCCCGCCUUACUCGGGAAAUCCUAGGUCACUGGCUGGGACUGCUCAAUGCUGAUGGCUGGAUUGGACGGGAGCAGGUGCUGGGGGAUGAGGCCCGAGCCCGGGUGCCUCCAGAAUUCCUGGUGCAAAGGGCAGCCCAUGCCAAUCCCCCAACCCUGCUUUUGCCUAUAGCCCACAUGCUAAAGGGUGGUGACCCUGCUGACUUUGCCUUCCUCCGCAGGGCCUUCCCCCGUCUGCGUGCCUGGUUCUCCUGGCUCCACAAGAGCCAGGCAGGGCCAGUGCCACUAUCUUAUCGGUGGCGGGGCCGGGACCCUGCCUUGCCAACCCUGUUGAACCCUAAGACGCUACCUUCUGGGCUGGAUGACUAUCCCCGGGCUUCACACCCUUCGGCCAGUGAGCGGCACUUGGACCUGCGGUGCUGGGUGGCCCUGGGGGCCCGUGUGCUGGUGCAGCUGGCAGAGCAGCUAGGAGAGGCUGAGGCAGCUGCAGAGCUGGGCCCACUGGCUGCAUCACUGGAGGCAGAAGAGAGCCUGGAUGAGCUGCACUGGGCCGCAGAGCUAGGAGUCUUUGCAGACUUUGGAAACCACACAAGAGCAGUGCAGCUGAAGCCUCGGCCCCCAGAGGGGCUGGUGCGGGUAGUGGGUCGGCCCCACCCUCGUUUACAGUAUGUGGAUGCCUUGGGCUAUGUCAGUCUUUUUCCCAUGCUUCUGCGGCUGCUGGACCCCAACUCCCCCCGCCUUGGGCCCCUGCUGGAUAUUCUAGCUGACAGCCGCCAUCUCUGGAGCCCCUUUGGUUUGCGCUCCCUUGCAGCCUCCAGCCCCUUUUAUGGCCAGCGCAAUUCAGAGCACGAUCCUCCCUACUGGCGGGGUGCUGUGUGGCUCAAUGUCAACUACCUGGCCUUAGGAGCUCUCUACCACUAUGGUCAUCUGGAGGGUCCCCACCAGGCCCGGGCUGCCAAGCUCCACAGUGAGCUCCGUGCCAAUGUGGUGGGCAAUGUGUGGCGGCAGUAUCAGGCCACAGGUUUCCUUUGGGAGCAGUACAGUGACCGGGAUGGGCGGGGCAUGGGCUGCCGCCCUUUCCAGGGCUGGACCAGCCUUGUCCUACUGGCCAUGGCUGAAGACUACUAAGGGAAGGGUGGUGAGAAGGGUGGCAGGCCUGCGCUCUGGAAUAGAAGGACAAGGUCUCUAGCUUCUGCUCCCAGCCCUCAGAUACUAGUGCUUCAAACCAUCCUCAGCUCAUCUCAGGUGUCUCCUUACUGUCAUCCCACACAGCCCUGGGGUGAAUGUGAAUUCAGAGUCUAUUUUUCUAAAUAAAUGGAAAACCAUGACAAACUCUA